CACUCACUGCCCAAGCUUUAACUCCACGCUCUCCUCCUCGUCUUCUAUCUUUCUCUGCUAUAAUUCCUAUCAAAAUACAUAAAAUAAAUAAAAGCACGUCAAAAUUAAAUCCCAUCCGCCAUGAAUUCCCUUCUCCUUCUCCUUGUCAAAACCCUCACUUUUUUCAACUCCUAAAAGCCUAAACCGUGCAAGAAAGAACCAAACCCAUUUCUUAAUCGGAUCCAAAACCCCAUGUACUUAUCGGAGAAACCCCGUUCCAUAGAUUUGUACAAGGAGGAAGGUCCUGCUACCGCCCGUGACAUGAUCAUUGACGUCACUACCAAUGGAGAUUUGCCACCUCACCACCACCACCACCACCCUCCUCCUCACCAGCAGCAAAUGAUCUUAGGUGAAAGCAGCUGCGAAGACCCAGAAGUCAAAGCCCCCAAGAAACGAGCCGAGACCUGGGUUCAAGACGAAACUCGAAGCCUUAUCGCCUUUCGAAGGGAAAUGGAUGGCCUUUUCAAUACUUCGAAAUCCAACAAGCACUUGUGGGAGCAGAUAUCGGCUAAGAUGAGAGAGAAAGGGUUCGAUCGGUCCCCAACUAUGUGUACAGACAAAUGGAGGAACUUGUUGAAGGAGUUUAAAAAAGCUAAGCAUCAAGAUAGAGGGAGUGGGUCUGCUAAGAUGUCUUACUAUAAGGAAAUUGAAGAGAUUUUAAGGGAGAGGACGAAGAAUGCUUAUAAGAGUCCAACUCCUCCUCCUAAGGUUGAUUCUUAUAUGCAUUUCGCUGACAAGGGUUUUGAGGAUGCUGGCAUGUCAUUUGGCCCUGUUGAAGCUAGUGGUAGGCCAAUACUUAAUCUUGAAAGACGUUUAGAUCAUGAUGGCCAUCCUCUUGCUAUCGCUGCAGCUGAUGCAGUUGCAGACAGUGGGGUUCCUCCUUGGAAUUGGAGAGAGACCCCUGGAAAUGGUGUGGACUGCCAAGCAUAUGGAGGAAGGGUUAUAACCGUCAAGUUUGGGGAGUACAGCAGAAGGAUUGGUAUAGAUGGUUCUGCUGAUGCCAUCCGAGAAGCAAUUAAGUCUGCUUUUAGAUUGAGAACUAAGCGUGCGUUUUUGUUGGAGGAUGAAGACCACAUUGUUCGUAGCCUCGACAGGGAGAUGCCUUUAGGGAAUUAUACUCUCCACCUUGAUGAAGGUUUGCCUAUAAAAGUUUGCCUUUAUGAUGAGUCGGAUCAUAUACCAGUCCACACAGAGGAGAAGAUCUUUUAUGUAGAAGAUGAUUACCGUGAAUAUCUACUCCGUCGAGGCUAUACAGGUCUCAGGGAGAUUAAUGGAUACAGAAACAUUGACAAUUUGGACGACCUUAGAACUAAUGCCAUAUAUCGAGGUGUGAGUUGAAAUCUGGCACAUCUUGCUUGCACAACUGCAUUGCUGUCAAGAGGUUAUAAUAAAGUGGCCUUAUCUGGCAUAAGUGUGCAUGUAGAAUUCCAAGAUUUGCUCUAAUGCUUUUCUGAAGAUUGUUAUUAUGCUUUUUUGCAUAAGUCAGCUUUUAAUAGGAUGUUGUAUAAUGUUUCUUCUUAGGUAUUCACUCAAGUGCAGUUUGUAAAUGUGCAUUUCAGUUGAAAACAAAGUAGUCUAGCAAGCUUUUUACAUGUAAAUUUUACAGCAUUUUGAUCCGUCAGCUGCUUGAAACUUCAGUUUUGAAAAUUUAUCUUGCUUUUGGUUA